GGCGGCUCCUCGGCGGGACCGCCCGCCUCGCGCCGGAGCUGGCCUCCCCAGGGUCUCCACGCAGCCGUCCUGGCUAGCCCAUGGUAGCCUGGCAGCGCGGAGCUCCGAGCCCCGCCAGCCCGAGUGGAUCCCGGGAGCCUCCGAGGGACGGCCGCUCCAGCCCCUUUUGGACUCCGAGAAGUGUCCCAGCUCCUUUGCCUGAGUGUUGGAAUGACACUCCAACAUCUUCUCCAAGAGAUGCAGUCCAUGGGAGCACUGCUAGCCAGCAGAGCCAUGCUUCACAACUCCAGCCACAGGGAGGAUAAGACCUGGAGGGUACAGGGCAGGGACAGGGAAGAGGUAUGGGGAGGGGGAGCCCUGGCCCCCAAUACCUCCUCCCCAUUCCCUCCUGAGCCUCCAGGGGCCUCAGGCAGCAUUAUCCCUGUCUACUGUGCCCUCCUGGCCACUGUGGUCCUCGGUCUGCUCGCCUACGUGGCCUUCAAGUGCUGGCGCUCCCAUAAACAAAGACAGCAGUUGGCCAAAGCUCGGACUGCAGAGCUGGGGACCUUCGAUAGGGACCAGAGGCACGGAGACAGCAUUGUUUUCCUGGACAAUCCUAGCGGUCAGGAGCCCUGCGCCCCCAGUCAGGGGCCACAUCCUGAGCUUGGCUGCCGCCUCUACCUUCACCUCCCUCAGCAGCAGCAGGAGGAAGUGGAGCGGCUCCUGGAAGUCUCAGGCGAACCUGACAAGGGCUGGCAGGGUCUGGCGGGCCGCCUGGGCUACCAGACUGAUGCUGUGGAGGUCAUGGCCCAGGACCAGGUGCCAGCCUACACCCUGCUGAGGGACUGGGCUGUCAAAGAAGGCAGCGGUGCCACUCUCGGGGUGUUAGAGGACGCCCUGGCUGCCAUGGGCCGCGAAGACGUGGUCCGGGUUCUGCGCCCCCCAGCUGAGGGCUGCUCUGUGGUGUGAGCGGUGCCGGCACAGCCCGGCCGCUCAGGGAAUCUGCUUCGGUGCUUUUCCUUUCUUCGGCUUCCUGGCACUGGUGGCCUCAGCCUGCCUUGCUCUGGGGGAACAGAGAAGAUCCGGCCACCACUCAGCUCCCCUUGUCCGGCCUUCCUCCAGGACGGGGACCAG